AUGGCACGUCAACCUGAUCCCGCUUCUCUCAGUGCCCGGAGUCGUCACUCUUUCGUCUCUGCUAUACCAAGGCCAAAGUCCGGCAGCUCUCGUCACGCUACGCCCGCAGGUGCUCGAAGAGACAGAAGGGAUUCGGCAGCAGGGACAAGUCUGCUGAACAUUCCUCGCACGCACCGAAAAUCAUGGCAACCCGAAGACAGUCUGCCACCUAGCUCGUUCCGAAUAUCCCAGCCUCAGGUCGCAACGCCCAGUAGAGAGUCAUUGCUUCCAUACAAGCAACGGUCUCAUCAUGACCUCUCUGGAACCCAACAGCAACUGUAUAUUCGAAACAUGUCCACGCAUUCCUUGGGUGGACAUGACACUGUUGCAGCUCAGGAUCAUCUCAAACAGGGUUCCAGCACUACCGCCCUGCCAAAGUCCAAGACGAUGAGUAGCUUGCUGUCUUCGCCCCGCGACACUAUUACCAGGCGGCGACUGCUCCAGCCCCUCGAACCACCCUUACCACGCACGCAAACCUUGGGCAAUAUCUCAUGCUUUGGUCCGCCACAUGAAACUCCUUCUCCGAGAAAGCCAACUUCAGUUACCCUUUCCCCUCCAGAGCAGCAUCACGAUAAUGCAAGUCAGCUCAAUAUCACCGAUGCAUUGAUUGAAAGCAGGAUGACAGAAAAAGAGACGGACUUAAUGAUACAGGUUCAGAGAGAGGCGGCGAUCAACCGUGCUCGACUUAGAAAUGCUUGUCAGCACCGAAACCCUCUUGAAUGUGCUCUAUCAUCGCAAUCACUAAGGAGCCCGGCCGAGCGUGCACCAACCCUCAAAUUGUCGCUGAAUGACGUUGCCAAUACACAACGUCUCGAAGGCAUGAAGAGGACAUCGUCAUCGGGGAGGCUCCUGUUCAUAAACUCCACUUUGGCAAACAAGAACUGGCGAGAUAGUGACAUCCCAACUUCAACAACAAUGACAACCAGCAUUGGCAGCGUCAGCAGCUCGAAUCCCAGCCAGCAUUCCGACAAUGAUCCAAGACAUGUGUAUGUUGCAGAGGAUGGGUCAUACUGGACCGGGCGAUAUAUGUCCCUGUGUGACCGAUUUCGCACAAAAGAGCUCAAUAGACCAUCUCAAUCACCCUCGGAGUCGACCGAAAAGAAGAUCGACCAUCUCUUCGAGAACAGUGAGAAGGUGCGUAUGAACAGUGCGCUCAAUGAGCUAAAAGAGCAUUGCAAGACGGAAGAAGCCUUAACGAGCUUUGAAGACUUCGAGAACAUCCUCCUCAAGAAGCUGGGAAUAUCGCGCCAAAGCCUGCAUCGAGCUGGAAGCCUCGCAUUUGGGGGCAAAGAGGCGGAGAAAAAAUUGACCACUUCUGGGUCGAAUGGGUUCAAGCCGUUUUCGUUGAACAGAUCAACUUCUCCCGGAAAUAUGUCGACGCCGACGAGUCGAAUAUCAAGCGUCAAUGCUGAGGCCGUGCUAAUUGACACGUCCAAGGCGUUCUAUGGCGAUGGAACUAUGACGAAAAGCAAAACCACAGGCAAUCUAGCAUCUCUCAUCCCCCUCAUCCCAAAGAGGCAGUAUGUUAUUGCGAGCAAUUCUUCGCCAAAGUCGAAUACUGUCCAGCUGGCUUCGCAUAGGCGUAAAGCAUCUUACUUUGAUUGCUCCCCCGAAACUCGAGCAAAGGCGAUGAGAGAGCGAGAGGAACGUGCCUCUCGCAGAGCAGCUGAGGCGCAUCGACGGUCAAACUCACAGAUGCCAUCUUUGACCGUAGUCAGGAGUCGCGGGGGUAGCAGGGACCAAGCAUCAUCCUCCAAGGCUGUGAAGAUCUCUGGGCCGGUCCAGCCUCAGUUCAGCUCUUCCUGCUCCAAAGUGGACGGCUCGGGAGCAGUGACAAGCUCCUUGAGUGCUGCCAUGCUCGAGAGCGGACAUGGUCGCCCACCACAAAGCACUGUGAGUAAGACCUUGCCGUCGCGAGUAGAGCUGGUUGAGGUGCCUGGAGGCGGGAAAGAGAAAGUGGUCAAAUCACGACGUAAGGCCGAGAGGCAAACCAGCGGAGAGAGGGUCAAGACCUUGUUUGGAGCUGGAAUGCGAGAGGUCAAGAAGAUGGGACGUCGAGUCAGUGGGAUGAGCUGGCCUGGAAGUAGCGACGAACUGGUGCCACCCAGGAGCGGGAGCAAGUGA